UCCUUAGUGACGCAUCAUUUAAUAACAUUGUAUCGGCAAACACAUUUUCACCUAUCUCUAUAUUGCAAUCUUAAAUAAAUAUUGAAUAAUAUUGUUCUUCUGGUUUUCAACAACCAUAGUCUGCAAAUCUGGAUGAAACUAGGGAGAAGAUGAUUGCCGCCUCAGAACCGGUGGAAUAUGCUCCUGGUGGAAGAAAAACAAUUUUAAGGCACCCUGAACCUGUAAUUAGUCAACAAGCAUUAAAUAAUCAAACAGCAGGGGAAAGUGUUCUGUUACAUAAAUUAAGUCAAGUCAAUAUUUCAGAAAAGUCACCUAAAGAGUUUUGGAUUGUACGUGAGAAUGAUAGAUGUGGAGAAGAAGAAUUAUAUUGCUCAGGCAAAGUUGCAAUCCAUUCAAAGGGUAAUCAAACUACCCAGGUAUUACAGACAACUUACACCUGUGAAACAGAUAUUAAACAUGCAUUGUGGUGUAAAUUUCAUACCAGUGUACCUGAUCAUUCGCUGAAAGCAAAAGAUUUUGAAAGUGAAGAAAGUAAUGAUAAAACAGUAGAAUGCAUUUGUUUGAUUGAUUCAUACACUCUUAAAGUGUUUACUGAAACUGGAGAGGAUUAUGUAUCCAGUUUACAAUUUCAGGUGUCUGCUGUUUGGUCAACAAAAUAUGGAAUUCUAUUGGAAAAAUCACAAGUUCCUACAUCAGAAAUAAGACAUACAUCAUCAUUAGAUGGAAACAGAUUGCAGUCACAUGGUGACACAAACUUACCAGUGGCAUUUUCUCUCAUGCAUCCUUUAGAUGAAAUUUGUCCUGUACUUAUUAAGCAUGGAAACAUAUCAUACAUGUAUGAUUCGAAUCAACAGAUUGUAUUUACUAGUUCUGAACCAUCAUUGGCUGUGAUAUAUGACACAAAGAGUGGUUUACAUUCUGUAUAUAAAAUACGUAAGGCUUCAGUAGAAGAGUGCCAACUGGUUUGUGGAACUAGCGACUCUAUUCCUAGUAUAUAUAAUCAAUCAGCGAGCGCCUCGCCAUUAAAUAUCGGAAAUAGUAUUUCAUAUAACAAGAGUUGUACAAAUAAAGGACACUUAAGUAUAUUUGGAGUACCAAAUCCACAAUUAAGUACUAUAGGAUUGGGAAUAUCGAAUAGUCCGUUCGGUUCUCGAACAUCUUAUACUACUUGUUCCGGAGGACCGUCGCCUUCUCAGCAACAACAGCAACAUUCAAGGUCACAGAGUCCAAUGGCGACUAUUUCGCGUUGUCAAUCGCCUACCCAUUCUGGUUUCUCACCUUUACUCGGUGCGCCAGCUAGUUCGUCUCUUCAUCACACUAGAUUACAUCACACAGUUAUGGCUACUGCAUUAAGCCAUACACAGAAUAGUCAUAUGGGAAAUUGUAGUAACAUACAGCUGCAAGAUAUUAUUACACCAAGUAAACCUUUGUAUCCUGAAAUUUGUCUUGAUCACGUGUGGAGUGAAAAUGUUGGGAUUCCAAAGGACGUCGUGUCUGGUCGGGCGUCUAAAGUUUUUCUAUCAUCUGAUCUCGUUGGACAAAGUUACUUGUGCUAUUUAGUUCCACAUCGAUCGCAACUUUUUCUAGUGAGACUUGAGAAAACUAACAAACAACAACAAAUUAUUUUUGGAAUGGUAACAAGUAUCGUAGCGAAGGAUGCCGUCAGCGUACCAAAUUUGCAUAUGAUAGCAACAAUGGACUUAUCAAACGCAGUUGUAUUAUAUUCUGGCAUGACUUAUGUUGGCAAAUUGCAUGUAACAGGAAUACUACCAAAUCUAACUGGAUGCAAUUACUUUCUAUCCAGUAUUAACCAUAAAUUAGGCUCUCCAUUUCCACGACGAAGUUCAUUGAUCUCUCAAAACUGCGCGGUUUCUCAUGACAUUAAGUUCGAGGAAGGAUUGCACUUGCUAAGUCCUGUAGGAGGGAAUUGCGCGAGGCCGCCUAUGCUAUUAGAAAAUUCUUUGAUAGACUCUAAUUUUCUGCUUUUAAAAGAAGCAGUAGGAAAUAAAGUUACGUUAGAAUAUGGAAGAAAGAAUUUCUUUCGGAUAACGCUGCCAACGUCUAGUACAUCUCCUCUAGUUACUAAAUGUUUGCAAACAUUAAAGAGCGUUUUGCAAAAAGAUCUAGCAAUGCAAUUAUUAGUAAAAUGGUAUGGAGCUCGAAAUGCUCCAGGACCUCAAGAUUUCUCACCAGAUAAAGAAUGGUAUCUUUUUCUCGUAGUUUUAUUUACGUUAUUGGGAUACGAAGUUGAGAAGUUGCAAUUGAUACAAACUAAUGAAAAAGAUCAACUUGGCGAACGCAAUAGUCCUAUGGUGGCGCCGAAAAAACAGAAAACAAACAAUUCUGGAUCUAGUGACGAUUGGAUAUACAUGAUAAAUUCUAUUAAGAAUGGCAAUUCCCAAGGUUUUAUUUCGAAUAUACUUGGUCUUCAAAAAACAUCAUACUCGUUUCAACCACCUGUGCUGAGUAUCGCAGAAUCUACCAGCACAGGAAAAAUAAAUGUACAAUCGAUUUUAUUUCCAUAUUUUCCAUUCGUUUUAUUCUCGUUGCACUUGUUAUACGAAGAAUUAAAAUUAAAUUGUGUGAUGUCCGAAAGUUUACCUUUACUCGCACAGUUACUGUACCAGUUAAGUUCAGACUUGAAGUUCACGAUGUACGCUCAUCAUUAUUUUCUCGAUUUCCCUUCCCUUCGACAUUUAAGAAAUACUGCUUCGCAAAUCGGAGAGGCGGAGUUACAGAAAAUCACUGUACCCAAUUAUGUGUCGUCAGAACCACCGAAUAUAUUCGAAACGUUAAAUAACUUAUUGAAUAAAGUAGAAACGGCGCCGUUUCCUUAUUUGAAACAUGUAAACUCAAAAACGAAAAACAUUGUUUACUUAACGGCAUUGGUAGCAAACGAAAACAAAGUCAACAUGCUGGAAAUUGAUAAAUUUGUAAAACACAUAAUACCAGUUGGUAGUCGGAUAGACUUCCAGGAAAAUGGAAGUAAACCCGAAAAAGAAAUAUUUAAAAAGAUUGAACAUUCUACGUCGGAUAGAAUAGUGUUACUGUAUCACGAAAUGGGUAUGACUAAAAAAGAUCUUGAUAUAUUGCCACCUGGUGUAUCGCUGCUGUUGAAAGACGUGAUGUAUAGAUGCAGGGAACGCCCUCCAUCGAAUUGGCCGAUGCAAGCGUACGAAUUGGUAGAUCGUCAAGAUUUAGCUGCGUUAAGCAAACAUCUAAAAUCGUCUAGAUCUAAUCAAUACAUGGAAAACGAAGGCAAAAAUUAUUCGAUCAAGGAUCCUGAGCAAGACGACGGCAUGGAAUUUGAUGACGCUGUAUUAAAACUGAGAUUCAACAAAGAUCACAGGGUAGCAGAAGUUCGAAAACUUCUCAAUUCUUCAAAGCCAGUGAGAAUAGUAAUAGUACAGAGACCAGACGUAAGCGAUCAUGAAUUUAUAGAGGAGCAGGAGAAACAUUUGCACGCGCUGUGCACGAGAACAAUGGCACUUCCAGUGGCGAGAGGCAUGUUUACGCUUAGAACUUCGAUUCCUAUUAUCACAGAACAAUUACCAAUUCCUCGACUAUGCUUGACUGGAAAAGCACCGCCUCGUGGAACCACCGUAGAGCUAGCGCACAUAGACGUUCCACCAAAUAUGAAUCUAUGGCCAUUAUUUCACAAUGGUGUAGCUGCAGGUCUUCGUAUUCAUCCAGACGCGUCGAAUAUAGAUUCAACGUGGAUAGUGUAUAAUAAACAGCAGCAAGGAGAAUUUGGUAUUGAACAUUCGGGUUUUUUAAUGGCACUCGGUUUGAAUGGCCAUCUGAAAAAUUUAGCGCCUUUUAGUAUGUACGAAUACUUGGUUGAAUGUCACGAAGCUACCAGUGUUGGUCUCUUACUGGGAUUGUCUGCAACGCAUCGCGGUACGAUGAACGUUUCCAUGACUAAAUUGUUAUCACUUCACGUGGAAACACUGCUACCUCCCACAAGUAUUGAAUUAAACGUUCAACAGAACGUUCAGGUUGCUGCCUUAAUGGGAGUUGGUCUCGUAUAUCAAGGCACCGCUCAUAGGCAUAUUUCACAUGCUCUAUUGUCAGAAAUUGGUAGACCUCCAGGCCCAGAAAUGAAGAAUUGUGUGGAUCGAGAAUCGUAUUCCUUAGCGGCGGGUUUAGCAUUAGGUUUAGUAGUACUAGGAUGUGGAGGUGGACCAGACUUAGCUAGUAUACCAGAUACUUUACACUACUAUAUGGUCGGUGGGCACGUUAGGCCUUUCACUGGAACGCAAAAAGACAAAUACAAAUCGCCUAGUUAUCAAAUAAGGGAAGGUGACUCUAUAAACAUCGACGUGACAAGUCCUGGAGCAACGAUAGCUCUAGGCCUCAUGUAUUUCAAUACAGGAAAUCGAGCAGUAGCAGAGUGGAUGCAAGCUCCUGACACUCAAUACUUACUAGAUUUUGUACGACCCGAUUUCUUGUUACUACGGAUAUUAGCUAAAUCGUUAAUUCUUUGGAACGAAAUUGAACCAACGAAAUCUUGGGUCUCCAGUCACGUACCCAAUAUCGUAUACAAGUACAGAUUGCAGAAACCAACGACUGAAAUUGCACAGAACGUAGACUUGGAAACCAUGAACCAAGCGUAUUGCAACAUAAUAGCGGGAGCUUGUAUGGCUUUAGGAUUAAAGUAUGCUGGCACUGCUAACAGAAAUGCCUUCAAAACUUUAUACAACUAUGCUCAGAUGUUUACAGCGUUGUCGCAUAAAACCAUUGCCGAAUUAGCAGGGAAAUCAACUAUCGAAACGUGUUUAAAUGUUAUAUUACUUUCUGCUGCUGCUGUAAUGGCAGGCACUGGUGAUUUAGAGAUUAUGAGAAUAUGUCGGCAUAUCAGAACACGCGUAGGACCUGCAAGUAGCGUAGUUACGUAUGGUUCUCAUUUAGCAACACAUAUGGCGCUUGGUUUACUGUUUCUUGGAGGUGGAAAGUAUACUCUUUCCAACAGUCCUAGCGCAGUAGCUGCUCUCAUAAUUUCUCUUUUCCCAAAAUUCCCAACACACAGCAACGAUAACAGGUAUCACUUGCAAGCAUUGCGGCACUUGUACGUAUUAGCUGCUGAACCACGCGUAAUUUUACCCAGAGACAUCGACAGUUGUCAGUAUUGUUACGCCACGAUACACUUAACAUUCGAAUCUGAAAAAGAAGCCGAAGGACAAGAUUUGGUGCUUCAAGCGCCAUGUUUACUACCGCAGCUACGCAGUGUUAAAACCAUCGAGUUGAAAGAUGAGAGAUAUUGGGGAAUUGUUUUCGAGAAAGGUCAUAAUUGGCAACAACUUGAAAAUAUGCUUAAAAAAUGUGAAUCCUUAGACGUUAAGCAGAGAGCUGGUUGUUUGCCAUACAUAGAAGAUCCUCAUGGUUUUCGAAGUUUAAUAGCUCAAACAUUAACAACGGAAAAUGUUAUCGCAUGGGCUGCUCGUCCCGAAUCCGUAACGUCGUUUACAAAUAAUAAAACGGUCUUGAAUAUAGUAAAAUACUUUUUGCAAUGGCCCAAAAAAGACAAGAUUAAAAUCGAGGAUAGCCUAAGCUCACAAUCCCAUGGCAGUUUAGCUAAAAAUAGUUCGGGAUAUCUAACUCAAAGUUUGAGCGAUACGUCUGACAGAGCCAGUUGUAGUUGGAACGAGCAACCUGAUUCUUCUAGCGAGAAAAUGGAAAUUGCUGAAUUAUCGUCCGGUUCAAAAAAUACUAGUUGUUUGUCUAAACCGGAAGGACAGUAUUCUGAAAUGACGGAAUUCGAAAAACAGUUCUUACAUACAUUUGCUAUUAUUGUUUAUGAAUGCGUAAUAAAGGAUAAAGUUACCCUCCUUCCCUUAUGGGUAAAUUUGAUAAAGAGUAUAGAAGUCAUAGAGAAAGAACCAAACAGUUUUUCUAUAUGGCAAAUAAAACUUGUUUCAUCUCAAAUAUUGAAAAAGUCUUACACGGAAAGUAAAAAUCCUUUACUUAGCGCAGAAAGUGUGCUCGCAAUUAAACAGAAAAUUUCAUAUAUUAUGGAUAAUUGGGAGCAUGACCUAAGGCCGUACAUUAAAUCUUACUUAACUACAGGAGAAGUUCAGAAUGAUUUAACAAUGCUACAAAAAAUGUGCUCAUACUUUAUAUUUUAUGAAAUCCCUUACAAGAUGGAUGAUCAAGCAAUUUUGACGUCGUUGCUAAAUCCAGAAAUAAGAUCGAAAACUUCUAAUGUUAUAUUGUAUAAAUUGUAUAAAAUUUUAAAAUCAUGUUAAACGAAUUUCAUAUUAAUUCUUUAAAUAUUGUAUUUUGUGUGUAAACAUACCGAACGAAAACAUCCAUCAUUGAGUUGAGUUGCAUUUAUGGAGAAUAUA